CCCCUUGAAGCCCUAGCAGAGACAAGAUGAGGCCUCCUCAUGCUCCAAAGUGAGGCCUGCAGCCUGAUCAGAUAGCAUGGCCUGCCAUUGGCAGUGAAUACCAUGGCUGCAAGUGGUGGUCGGGCCUUUACUUGGCAGGUGUUCCCCCCUAUGCCCACCUGCCGGGUCUAUGGCACUGUAGUGCAUCAGGAUGGGCACUUGCUGGUGUUGGGGGGCUGUGGCUGGGCUGGACUGCCCCUCGACACUACUGAGGCACUGGGCAUGGCCUCUCACACAUGGCUGACACUGGCGCCUCUGCCCACUGCCCGGGCUGGUGGUGCUGCUGUGGUGCUGGGCAAGCAGGUGCUGGUGGUGGGAGGCGUGGACGAGGGCCAGAGCCCAGUAGCUGCUGUGGAAGCUUUCCUAGCUGAUGAGGGCCGCUGGGAGCGCCGGGCCACCCUCCCUCAGGCAGCCAUGGGAGUUUCGACUGUGGAGAGAGAUGGUAUGGUGUAUGCUCUGGGGGGAAUGGGCCCUGACACGGCCCCCCAGGCCCAGGUACGGGUAUAUGAGGCCCGUCGGGACUGCUGGCUUUCGCUACCCUCCAUGCCCACACCUUGCUACGGGGCCUCCACCUUCCUGCAUGGAAACAAGAUCUAUGUCCUGGGGGGCCGUCAAGGCAAGCUUCCGGUGACCGCUUUUGAGGCCUUUGACCUGGAGGCCUGUACAUGGACCCGGCACCCAAGCCUGCCCAGUCGCCGGGCCUUUGCAGGCUGCGCCAUGGCCGAAGGCAGUGUCUUUAGUCUCGGCGGCCUGCAACAGCCAGGUCCUCACAAUUUCUACUCUCGUCCACAUUUUGUCAAUACUGUGGAGAUGUUCGACCUGGAGCAUGGGUCCUGGACCAAACUGCCCCGAAGCCUGCGCAUGAGAGAUAAGAGGGCUGACUUCGUGGUUGGCUCCCUUGGGGGCCAUAUUGUGGCACUUGGGGGCCUUGGGAACCAGCCAUGCCCUCUGGGCUCUGUGGAGGGCUUCAGUCUUGCACGGCGGCGUUGGGAGGCCCUGCCCACCAUGCCCACUGCCCGCUGCUCCUGCUCCAGCCUGCAGACUGGGCCCCGACUCUUUGUUAUCGGGGGCGUGGCUCAGGGCCCUAGCCAAGCUGUGGAAGCACUGUGCUUGCGUGAAGGGGUUUGA